CCGCCGCCGUCGUCGCCGCCAUUUUCCCAGAGCGAGAGGCAGUGACACUGAGCGGGCGCAGGGGGCCGAGUCGGAGACCUUGCCGGAGUUCGGGGAGCGGCCACAGAGGGGGCGCAGACACUCGGAGCAGCCUCGCCGUCGCCUCUGCGUCCCUGCGGACUGCCUGGGUGCCCCUCUGCCGCACUCCUCAGCUCCUCACCCGGAGGCUCGGCGCUGCUCUUUGGGGAGGGGGGUGUGUGGAGCCCUGGUCCUGCCGGGUCCGCAGUGGCUGCUGUCGGGGGGUCGCCCGGACGUGGAGGCGUGGAGAGACUCGUCGGGGGGUCGAGCACGGAACGGGGUUCGGGUGUCUGGUGUGCGAACAUCACAGGGUUUGUGGAUGCACUUAGAUGUUUGCAAUGAGCACUGUGGCUGGCAUGCCCCAGUGUUUUGGAUACCAAUGCAUAGGACUCCAUAGUAAUCGGAUUUACCAGAGGCGAACGUCAUGAGCAUAGUGAUCCCACUGGGGGUUGACACAGCAGAGACGUCAUUCCUGGAAAUGGCUGCAGGCUCAGAACCAGAAUCUGUAGAAGCUAGCCCUGUGGUAGUUGAGAAAUCCAACAGUUAUCCCCACCAGCUAUAUACCAGCAGUUCGCAUCAUUCACACAGUUACAUUGGUUUGCCCUAUGCGGACCAUAAUUAUGGUGCUCGUCCUCCACCAACACCUCCGGCUUCCCCGCCUCCGUCAGUUCUUAUUAGCAAAAAUGAAGUAGGCAUAUUUACCACUCCUAAUUUUGAUGAAACUUCCAGUGCUACCACAAUCAGCACGUCUGAGGAUGGAAGUUACGGUACUGAUGUGACCAGGUGCAUAUGUGGUUUUACACAUGAUGAUGGAUACAUGAUCUGUUGUGACAAAUGCAGUGUUUGGCAACAUAUUGACUGCAUGGGGAUUGACAGGCAGCAUAUCCCUGACACAUAUUUAUGCGAACGUUGUCAGCCUAGGAGUUUGGAUAAAGAAAGAGCAGUGCUUCUACAACGCCGGAAGAGGGAAAAUAUGUCAGAUGGUGAUACCAGCGCAACUGAGAGUGGUGAUGAGGUUCCUGUGGAACUAUACACUGCAUUUCAGCAUACUCCAACGUCUAUCACUUUAACUGCUUCCAGGGUGUCCAAGGUGAAUGAGAAAAGGAGGAAGAAAAGCGGGGAGAAAGAACAAAACAUCUCAAAGUGUAAAAAAGCCUUUCGUGAAGGAUCUAGGAAGUCAUCAAGAGUUAAGGGCUCUGCUCCAGAGACGGACCCUUCAUCUGAUGGUUCACAUUUUGGCUGGGAGACAAAGAUCAGAGCGUGGAUGGAUCGGUAUGAAGAGGCCAGCAGUAACCAGUACAGCGAAGGGGUCCAGAGGGAGGCCCGGAGGCUGGCUCUGCGACUGGGCAGCGGCAAUGACAAAAAGGAUAGGAAUCAAUCAGAUCUGAAUACUAACAAUUUACUCUUUAAACCUCCUGUAGAGAGCCAUAUACAGAAGAAUAAGAAAAUUCUUAAGUCUGUAAAAGAUUUGCCUCCUGAUGCACUUGUCAUUGAAUACAGAGGGAAGUUCAUGCUGAGAGAACAGUUUGAAGCAAAUGGCUAUUUCUUUAAAAGACCAUACCCUUUUGUUUUAUUCUACUCUAAAUUUCAUGGGCUAGAAAUGUGCGUUGAUGCAAGAACUUUUGGGAACGAGGCUCGAUUCAUCAGACGUUCUUGUAUGCCCAAUGCAGAGGUGAGGCAUGAAAUUGAAGAUGGAACCAUACAUCUUUACAUUUAUUCUAUACAAAGUAUUCCAAAGGGAACUGAAAUUACUAUUGCCUUUGAUUUUGACUAUGGGAACUGUAAGUACAAGGUGGACUGUGCGUGCCUCCAGGAGAAUCCAGACUGCCCUGUUCUGAAACGUAGCUCUGAAUCCACGGAAAACAUCAGUAGUGGUUAUGAGACCAGGAGGAAAAAAGGAAGAAAAGACAGAGACACACAGAAUCAGAGUGUUACUUUGGAUUGCGAAGGCACAACCAACAAAGUCAAGAGCCCAGAGAGCAGGCAGAGGAAGCUUUCUCCACUGAGACCGUCAGUGUCGGACAAUCAGGAACCAGAUUUUAUUGAUGACAUAGAAGAAAAAACUCCUGUUAGCAAUGAAGUGGAAAUGGAAUCGGAGGAACAGAUUGCGGAAAGGAAAAGGAAGAUGACAAGAGAAGAAAGAAAGAUGGAAGCGAUUUUGCAAGCGUUUGCCAGACUUGAAAAGAGAGAGAAAAGGAGAGAGCAAGCAUUGGAAAGGAUCAGCACGGCCAAAACGGAAGUUAAAGCCGAAGGUAAAGAGGCGCACGUCAGCGAUGCCGAAGUUACUCAGGAACAAGCAAAGGAGGAAACUGCGAACAAGCCAACCCCUGCUAAAGUGAAUAGAACUAAGCAGAGAAAAAGCUUUUCCCGGAGUCGGACCCACAUCGGACAGCAGCGCCGCAGGCACAGGACGGUCAGCAUGUGCUCCGACCUCCAGCCGUCCUCUCCAGACAUAGAGGUCGCUUCUCAGCCCAACGACGUGGACAAUGCUGUGCUUGCAGAACCCGAAACCGAAACUGCACUGGCGGAAAUAAUCGCCGAGGCUGAAGUUCCUGCACUUAACAAAUGUCCCACAAAGUACCCCAAAACAAAGAAGCACUUGGUGAAUGAGUGGUUAAGUGAGAAGAAUAAGACAGGAAAGCCUUCAGAGAGCCUCUCCGAAAGGCCUCUUCGCAUCACUACAGACCCUGAAGUGUUGGCCACACAGCUCAACUCCCUGCCAGGCCUCGCGUACAGCCCCCACGUGUACUCCACUCCCAAGCACUACGUCAGGUUUACGUCACCUUUCCUCUCAGAAAAGAGGAGAAGAAGAGAACCUCCGGAGAACACCUCUGGCUCAUGCAAGAAGCGAUGGCUGCGGCAGGCGCUGGAAGAAGAAACUUCAGCCAUUUUACAUAGAUUGAAUUCACCCUGCCUGGAACGAUCGAGAAGUCCUACAGUCAAUGGUGAAAACAGAAGCCCACUGCUGUUAAACGACAGCUGUUCCCUUCCAGAUCUAACUACACCACUGAAAAAACGAAGACUCUAUCAGCUGCUGGACUCGGUUUACUCAGAGACCUCCACGCCAACUCCGUCACCAUACGCCACGCCGACGCACACAGACGUCACUCCCACAGACCCGUCGUUUGCCACCCCGCCACGAAUGAAGUCAGAUGAUGAGGCGUGUCGGAAUGGUUACAAGCCAAUAUACUCCCCAGUGACGCCCGUGACUCCGGGCACACCAGGGCACACCAUGCACUUUGAGAAUAUUUCUUCCCCAGAAAGUUCUCCAGAAAUAAAGAGACGCGCUUACAGUCAAGAGGGAUAUGACAGAUCUUCAACCCUGUUAACACUGGGGCCUUUUAGAAAUUCCAGUUUAACUGAGCUGGGUCUGCAAGAAAUAAAGGCCAUUGGUUACACCAGCCCUAGGAACAGGCCCGAAGUCAACAGGCAGUGUCUUGGAGAAAAGGAACCCGCGUCAGCCCUUCCCCCGGGACUCGAUGCAGUCGAGCCGUCUGCCUUGCAUAAGAGCAUGGACACGCCUGCACACGACAGGUCUGAGCCCAGCAGCCAGCUGGAGCCGACGCUCUCGGGACGGGGCACCUUGUAUCCCUCCUGGGUGAGGAGUCCUGACAGGACAGGCGUCGGUCUCUCAGUGAACUCCAACUUGCGCGACCUGACGCCCUCGCAUCAGCUGGAGGUUGGAGGAGGGUUCCGAGUGAGCGAGUCCAAGUGUCCGCUGCAGGACGACGGCAGGGCCCUGUUCCUGGACACGGCCGCCUUCUGCGCCGCCGACGAGGGGCUCGCGGCGGGCUUCGGACGCACUGUCCACGACAACUUGAUGGAUGGGAGUUGCACACCCCAGAACCCACCACAGAAGAAAAAGGUUUCUCUAUUGGAAUACCGGAAGAGACAACGCGAAGCCAGGAAGAGCGGCUCUAAGCGUGAAAGCUCCCCGCCAGCCAGUGGCUCGCCUCAGGCCAGUGGCAGCGCCAACAGCAACGGUGACGGCUGUGCCCAGAGCGCCGAGAGCGGGGAGCAGGUGCCCAGCAGCACCGGCCUGCCCUGCGCCACACCUGCCCUGGUUCAGGGCGCUGCUUUGGACGAGUCCAGCAGCCACUGUCCCAUUAAGGAGGCCGCCCCCGAGAAGAAUGAGCCGGAAGUCCAAUGGACUGCUUCAACCUCAGUGGAACAAGUGAGAGAAAGGAGUUACCAGAGGGCUCUGCUGCUCAGCGACCACCGGAAAGACAAGGACAGCGGGGGAGAGUCACCAUGUGUCUCAUGUUCACCGAGUCAUGUUCAGUCCUCACCUUCAUGUCAUUCAAACCACACUCCCCGGGGCCCGGCUCAGGGCCCGGCCUCCCCUUUCAGUCAACUGACGGAAGAUGCUGAGCCUGAAAGUCUAGAACUCGUGACUACAAACCAAUGUCCAUCCCCAGAUGCUUCGCAAAUCUCCUGUAAAAGCCCUUCAAAAACCAGUAAGCCUGGUUCCCCUGCCCACGCACACGGCAAAGGCCCCACGCAGCCGGACCCCCAGUGGGAGGCCACGGCCGGCCCGGACGCCGAGCCCCAGCACAGACAGCCCUCCGGCCACAGCCAAGCACUUUCCAAGCCGCAACUUUCACAGAAGCUGCCUUCCGCCCCGGCCAAAUUGCACUGUCCGCCGUCACCUCACACAGAAACGCCCCCCAAGUCGUCUACACCGCACACCCCGGCGCAGCACGGCUACCUUUCCCCCAAGCCGCCCUCCCAGCAGCUGGGCUCCCCGUACCGGCCUCACCACGCGCAGUCCCCGCAGGUGGGAUCAGCUCAGCGGGAGCCUCCGCGGGGCUUCUACCCCGCAGCGCAGAGCCUUCCCGGCGCGCCGCAGGCCCCGGGCGCGCUGUUCCCGCCGCCGCCCUCGGGACAGGCCCCAGCCACCUACGGCCUCAGCAGCACGGCGCCGCCCCCGCCGCCCCCGCCGCCCCCCGCCUCGUCCUCGUCGUCCUACUACCCGAACCAGCAGCCCUCGGCCAGCUUCAGUUACACUCAGCUCAAAGGCAGUCUGUCCCAGCAAGCCGUGUUCACGUCGGGACCAAGCCCAGCACUUCCCGGCGCCAUCGGCCAGCAGCCCGUUCCCGGGCACCACGUUGCCCCGGCGCACUUCCUGCCCAGCCCGAACCCCGCCAUGCACCACCAGAGCCCCAGCGCCCCAGUCCCGCCGCCGCCGCCGCCUCCGCCGGCCCCCGGGCCCCACCUCGUGCAGCCCAGCGCCCACCAGCACCCCGCGGCGCACGUCCAUUCGCAAAGCGCGGGACACCACCUGCCGCCGCCGCCCCCGCCCCCCGGGCCCGCCCCCCAGCACCACCCGCCGCCCCACCCCGCCGGGGGGCUUCAGGCUCUGCCCGCACAGCACCAGCACGUGGUCAGCUCGGCCCCGCCGCCGCCCCCGCCGCCGCCCAGUGUCCUGGCUUCCGGGCAAGCCUUACACCGCCCGCCCCAUCAGGGACCUCCGCUCUUCCCAGCCGGCGCGCACCCCGCCGUGCCGCCGUACCCCUCGCAAGCCACGCACCACAGCACUCUGGGCCCGGGGCCCCAGCACCAGCCUUCGGGGACGGGGCCACACUGUCCGUUGCCAGUCACAGGCCCUCAUCUCCAGCCCCAAGGACCGAGCAGUAUUGCAACGCCCACCGCUUCAGGGUUCUGUCCGCACCCUGGCUCUGUGGCCCUGCCGCACGGGGUUCAAGGACCUCAACAGGCCUCUCCAGUACCUGGACAGAUCCCCAUUCACAGAGCACAGGUGCCGCCGCCAUUUCAGAACAACUACCAUGGUUCAGGGUGGCAUUAAAAUGGACUCAAAGAAACAUUUUUUUAAAUGUUCUGUAAGAUAAACUGUAUAUUUCAUAUGUACCUGUUAAAGGUACUUUUUAAAGCUUGUACAUGCAACUUUGUAUAAAAACAAAAAGAAAAAAACACCAGUGCGCUUUCAUUGUAUGUUUCUCAGUUUCGCUUUUCAAAAUUCCUUUUAAAAUGUGCUGUUAAGCCAGCAUUAGGUAUCUUUUUAUUUGGUGAACAUUCCAGCUAUUUUUCUGGCAAUAGGUUUAAUGCUACAUGGUCUUUAAAUUUUAUCGUUGCAAUGAAAUUCAUUAGGGAGGAUUUUUCUGUAUUCUUUUCUACAUGUGCACCAGUACACGGCUCAGC